AUGGACACUACCGAAAGCGACUCUUCUGUCCCCAUAGCCGGUGACUCGGUCUUUAGUAUUUCACGACCGUCAUCUGCCUCUUCGAUCCGCCCUGCCGACACGCCGAAAGACCUCCCCGCGGGCGCCCCCGUAUCUCACCUAUUCCAGGUUCGACACACACCGACCGCCGGCCGUGCCGUUUUCGCUACCCAAGACAUCCCCGAAGGCACACUUGUAUGGCAGUCAACGGAUCUUACACUGUGCGUGUUGCUACGCGAGUAUAGACGUGAGGUGUGCGGGCAAUGUUUUGGGUACGACUAUGGACGAGAUCUGAGCAUACGAGACAAGACAGUGGGAUUUGCUUUCUGCUCAGAAGCGUGUCAGAAAACGUGGCAGGAGGAGCAGGGGGAGAUUGGGAUCCAGACUUGGACUGCUGUUGAGAAUCUGAUCCGAAAGAGGAGCAAAGAAGAUAGUGACAUGGUGGACGUUGACAUGCCGCGGCCCAAGAAAAAAGACAUUAGCAAAGCUUGGGAUAGUGUGGUUGGGCAGGCGGAGUUGAUAAGGAGUGCAAGGGAAGCGGAGCAAGCGGAUGGUGUGGACGGCCAAGCUGCGGUGGCCAUUUCGAAGCAGCACAAAAAGGCUGUUUCCAAGGCGCUACAGGGACGUAUUACCCCCGACGUGAUGAGUUUCUGUGUCAGUGGUAUCUUGUGGCGCCACCAUCAUCCUGAGCAGUGGGAGCGAUUAGAGGCGCUUGCAAACGACAACACGCCGUACCACAGUUCUGAUGAUCUGGAUGCUUUCACACGGGCCUACCUGCACUUGCUUGCGAUUCUGCCCGUGGAGCUCCUCCCACUGGUGACGGCGGAAACGCUUCUCACGCUGUCGAAGCGCGACUCGCACAAUUCGUUUGGCAUUCGCUCGCUCGAGGACGAAGGGUCCGAGUUCUUCGGCUAUGGAUGCUGGCCGGCUGCAAGCUACUUCAAUCACUCGUGCGGGCCGAACAUUGAGAAGAAGCGGGAGGGGAGGAUAUGGUAUUUCAGGGCGGGAAGAGAGAUUGAAAAGGGACAGGAGCUGUGCAUUACGUAUUUGAGUGGAGAGGAGAGGAAGCUGAGUCGCGGGCAGAGGAUGCUGAGGCUGAGUAAGACGUGGGGAUUUGAUUGUGGAUGCGAGAGAUGCGAGGCGUUGUAG